UCCGACUCAAUCCAGCAAGAAAUUUCUUAAUGCUGUGACACUGUGCAAACGGCUACAGCUAAGCUCAUUUAAAUUGUAUUUCUCUUUGCAAGUGGCAGUAAAAAAAAUGUGGAAUUGAGUGAUUUUGUUUGCUAAUUCAUGAAAUGUUUUCUCCCUCCGCUACCCCCCUUAAUUCUUUCCCCUAAAAUAAAAGCCUUUCUAACAGGAGAGAAUAGUUGGCAACUCUGAGUGGAGCAGAGGUUGCAGUGUUGUACUGCUGAGGAGACUGUUGAAUUGAAGCAUUGUUUUCUUGAGAUAUCGUACAUUUUUCACUGGACAGGGGGAGCUGGGCGUAAAAAAGGCACCUUGUGUGCAACUUCUGGCACAGCAUUGGGAGCGAAUAAGAUGUGAAUAAGUUCUGGGCAAUUCAGCGUCGAUUCAAAGCCCCUCGCAAGUGGAGUUAACUCAGACAUUCCAAAGUUCUGACACAGCCCAGGGAACUCUGCUUCACAGCUUAUCUGAGGUUAGCCUGGUAUUUCACAUGCGGAAUCUGCCACUGAACUUUCACUCACUGCAGUACAAUGGCUACAGCUCAGCCUGCAUCGUAACGUCUGUAGACAGCACAGAGUAAUCGGUCCAAGAGGGACACAGCAGCUGCACGCUGUCAAAAAUGGGUUACAGCUAGAAGAGAAACAUGAUCUGAAUUUGGAAACUGCUCAGAUAAACCCUCUUCUAAUUCCACGUGAUAACAAAAUAGUUUCUUUUCACCAAGUUAUUUGCAGCAUUCAUCAUAAAGAUGAAUUCAUAGAGCUGCCAAAGUCGAGGCUCCCUAAUGUAUUGAGCAGCACACUCCUUCUAUCGGAUAAUAUUUGAGAGCCCAGCUGCUCAAUUUAAACGUCAUUAUUCUCUAGGCUUUAUCAGCUGGUAAAGUUUUCCUGUCUAUAAAUAAGACAUCUGUGAGGAGAAACGCUCACUAAGAAUUGAGCCUGCUGAUUAUUCGUAGAGCUUCAGCAAGGAAGUUUUCAGACAUUGGUCUCUCUCUUCAGGCCAUGCUAUGACAAUCAAAGAAAAGAACCAAAAGCAUAUUGAGUGUUGCUGUUUCAAAAUUACUUCUGAAGAAAUAGCUGCUUCUGUGUUUGUGACUGUCGCACCAGGAAAGAUGAUAUCUGCCCAGUCAGCUGAAGAUGAAAAUAGGCUGAGCAAUUCAGGCUGUGAUGUUAAAAUAAGGCAUGUUGUCGAUGAAAGAAUGCUGGAUGUAGAUCCGAUGUCAGUCAUUCAGGGUCCUUCAGACCCUCCUUUGGAGCUGCAGGGCACACUGCCAGUGAUGUCUGUAGGACAACUGACUGCGAAAUACAAUGCUCAACGUGGAAGUGUGUUUGAGGAUCAUGACAUGGGGACUUCAGGCUCAAAAGCAGGGUGUUACAAUGUAAGCAGUGACCAGUCUAGCCAGAGAAGUUGUGACUCCAGUCCGUCUUCUCAUCAGUCCAUGAAGGAAUGCGAUAAAUUGUAUCAAACAGAAGGAGACAUAAGCUGGAAGCCCAAGAGCUUCUCCCCUUUCUUAGGAGGAGCGAUCAAUGGAAAAGAAACGGGCUUAGCACAUGAAAGGUCUUCUGUGCAGCUCCCAUCGUUGUGUAGUCAGAUCAUUGAAGACAGCUGCCCACGCAGUGCUUUGAACCUAAAGCAUUAUGCCGAUGGUGACAAUAAAAAGUACCAUGUUUUUUGCCCUGGCCCAUGUUCACAGGCUACUUCUAUCGGCCAUGUUGAACAUAACUAUUCAUCCACACCCUUUAGUUGUGCAACAAAAACUCUACUGCAGCUGCAGGAAGACUGCAUUGCUGAAAGAGUACAUGACAGUAAUGAGAGUUGCCCAGGCUUGCAUGUUGCACAGUUUGGAUUCAGUAGGGUCCAGCGAAAACUCAAGUUGAAGACUACGACUGAUGGGUCUGUGGGUGGUCAUCCAAUGACCCGACUUUCCCUGAAGCCUUCUAUCAUCUAUCUUGAAGACGCGGGCAAUGGUGGUGAAGAAGGGAUGGGGGAUGAGUUUGAACGAAACAAGAAGGAGCGCUCCACUUUGCUCUUUAGACGGUACAAUAAGAAUAACCGAGAGGUGAAGAAAUCUGUGUAUACGGGAUCGAGGGCACGCUCGAGAACCUUACCAUCGGGCCACAUAGGUGCAAAGGCCAGGAAGGUCAUCAACCAAAGGAGAAACGUUAAUAUUGACAUCAAACUUCCCAGAUUUCCUGAUGAGAAGCUGCUGAUAUGCCAAGCUAUGUUGCUGAAAGGUGGCUGGCAUCAUUCCUGGACUAAUUCCAGCCGGAGUAAGGUUUAUAAUGCACUGAGAGAGGCAGGGGCAGCAGAGUCACUCGAUUACCUCCUGCAUCCAUCAAGAAAGAUCUUGGCUUCAGCAGUUGUCUACAGAAGCUGUGGAGGUGGGACCUGCAUGAAACUGUGUGUCCAUGCCUCUGUGCUUGAGCUCCGUGCCACCCUACACAGGACUGCAGUUUCUGACCACGUGGCUGGUGCUCUGCUAGAAGCAACUGUAGCCACCGGGGCAAGGAGUGCACUACCAAGUCCUUUAGGGGUGCCCACUGGCAGAGCGAUGCUUAAAGAGCGCCAACUCUGUAUAACGAUGGCUGGCUCGAGCACCCUGCCAUCCAAUGUGACUGGCAUCAGCAAGGAACUGGCAGACCUUCGACACCUGAUUCAAUUCCCUGAAGAGAUUGCCAGUAUUCUGACCGAGCAAGAGCAGGAACUCUAUCGUAAGGUCUUACCACUUGACUACCUCUGCUUCCUGACCAGGGAUUUAGCGAAUCCAAGUUGUUCCAAUAGGUCAUCACCACUCAAGACCUCCACAUCAGCACCCACUCUCAGCGACGCAAGUGGGGAACACAAUGCAAUUGAAGAUCUCGUGUCAAGAUUCAAUGAGGUGAGCUCCUGGGUGACAUGGUUGAUCCUGACUGCUGGCUCCAUGGAGGAGAAGAGAGAAGUGUUCUCUUACUUGGUUCAUGUGGCCAAGUGUUGCUGGAACAUGGGUAAUUACAAUGCAGUGAUGGAAUUCCUGGCAGGCCUCAGGUCUAGAAAGGUUCUGAAGAUGUGGCAAUUUAUGGACCAAUCUGACAUUGAAACUAUGAGAAGCCUGAAAGAUGCCAUGGCACAGCAUGAAUUGUCGUCUGAAUACCGAAAAGUAGUCAGCCGUGCUCUGAACAUCCCAGGCUGCAAAGUGGUCCCCUUUUGUGGAGUGUUUCUGAAGGAGCUUUGUGACGUUCUGGAUGGUGCAGCCACCUUGAUGAAGUUUCACUCGCGUUGUGAUUCUCAGGAAGAUGCCAUCGAGUUUGUUGCAGAUUACAAUGGCCAGGACCACUUCUUUCAACGGAUUGGGAAAGAUGGCCUAAACAAUACUGAGAAAGAAUCCACAGUAAACAACAUCCUGCAGACCAUUCGAAGCUGUAACAGAAGCCUUGAGUGUGAGGAAGGCGAAGAAGGUGCCGGUGAAAGUUGCACUUCACGGAAGAACUCGUUCAAAGACAGAAGUAAAUAUCAGUUCAUUGUUGGAGAUCUGUCAGACUCAGAAAGUGAUUCCUUUGAACAGUCCAGUGAGUUGGAUCUGAGUGGGACAGAGGAUCAGCAAAAGGCGUUCUGUCAUGAGAUGGAACUCAUUCCUUGGUAUGUGCUGUCCAUCAGAGCUGACAUCCAUCAGUUUCUACUACAAGGGGCUACAGUCAUACAUUAUGACCAGGAGGCUCAUCUCUCGGCGCGCUGUUUUUUCAAACUGCAACCUGACAACUGUACUCUAACCUGGUCAAAACCACCUACUGCCAGCCCAGCCAAUGCUAAGGUCAAAAGCCUGGUGUUGGGUAACAGUGUGGACCUUGGUAACAGUAAAUUUCAGCCAUAUGGGCACAUAGCUCUAAAUGGACUCGUGGAAGGUUUCUUGGACAUGUCUGCAGUGAAGGCUGUCUAUAUGGGACAUACAGGAAUUGAUCUGAAUGCUGUAUGCAUUCAGAAUAAACUUUGCCAUAUGACUCUAGAGGACAAUUGUGUGACGCUGCUCUAUGGGGUCCAUACAACUGAUAACCGAUUGUUACACUUUGUGGCCCCCAAGUACACUGCUAAGAUGGUGCAUGAUGGAUUGCAGGAGUUAAUGACAGCUGUCCGAAAGAUGAAGAAGUUUCCUGAUCAGAGACUGCAGUGGUUAAGGAAGCAGUACGUCAGCUUAUAUCAGGAAGAAGGCAAGUUUGAAGGACCAACCCUGGCUCAGGUUAUUGAGCUCUUUGGAGGUAGGCGAUGGAUCACGAGAAACACAGCUACGGCAACUUUGAACAGAAACACUGAAAAAUCCAACUUGCAGCGUAACAACACGUUGGGAAUGAGCACGGCCAAAAAGAUAAAGAAAUCGUUGAUCAGGGGAGAAAGCGGGGACAUCACUGAUGAGGAGACCUGUGCACGUAAGAGCCGAAGCUGCAAAGAAUCCCGAGCCAGGAGCGGUUCUGACCCUGCAGACUUUGAUGAACAAGAAGAAUCAGAUUUGAGCAUCACCAUGGGUUCUCCUAGCUCCUGUAUGCUCCCUACAAGAGCUCGUUCUCUCACCACCCCAUGUUCCACCACGUUGGGCCCUCCAACACCAACUCCAGUCAGACCUGCCUCCUCUCCAGUCCUGUCAACUGUCAGCAAGGCUAAACCUGGCACCAGAGGGAGUAAUAGUUGGCAUGGACGUGUGAAAGGAGGACUGAAAGGAUUUCAGGAUUUCAUGGUAUCUGACAGCAACAUGAGCUUCAUCGAGUUUGUUGAACUUUUCAAAUCAUUCAGCAUACGAAGUCGGAAGGACUUGAAGGAUCUCUUUGACAUUCACUCUGUAUCAUGUAACCGUUCUGGCUUGGAAUCCACUCCAGUAUACACAAACCUAACGAUAGAUGACAAGAUCAGUGGGCUGCAGCCUGACCUAGACCUUUUGACAAGAAACGUAUCUGAUCUUGGUCUGUUUAUAAAAAGCCGACAGCAAAUAUCAGAUAAUCAGAGACAGAUUUCUGAUUACAUUGCUGCGACCAGCAUAGUGACGAAUCGAGUGGAAAUUGCAUCCCUGGGAGAGAGUGGAAUGGGGAUCCUGCAACUAAAUGACUUCCUGGUGAACUGUCAAGGGGAGAACCACACCUAUGAUGAAAUCCUCAGCAUUAUCCAGAAAUUUGAGCCAUCCAUUAACAUGCGCCAACAGGGGUUGAUGUCAUUUGAGGGCUUUGCAAGGUUUCUAAUGGACAAAGAAAAUGCUGCUUCAAAGAACGACGAAUCCCAAGUUAAUGUUGAGGAUUUACAGUAUCCACUUUCAUAUUAUUACAUUGAAUCCUCACAUAACACUUACCUCACAGGCCAUCAACUUAAAGGAGAGUCCUCAGUAGAACUUUACAGCCAGGUGCUGCUGCAGGGAUGCCGGAGUGUGGAGCUGGACUGUUGGGAUGGAGAUGAUGGUAUGCCAAUCAUUUAUCAUGGCCACACUCUCACCACAAAGAUCCCAUUUAAGGAUGUCAUUGAAUCAAUCAAUCGUAGUGCGUUUGUAAACUCUGAGAUGCCAGUUAUUUUAUCAAUAGAGAAUCACUGCUCAUUGCCUCAGCAGCGCAAGAUGGCCGAAAUUGUUAAGAAUGUCUUUGGAGACAAACUGGUGACGAAAUUUUUGUUUGAGAGUGACUUUGCGGAUAAUCCAAUGCUCCCAUCAGUUUGGCAGCUCCGAGGCAAAAUCCUUCUCAAAAACAAGAAACUGAAGGCCCAUCAGACUCCAGUAGAUAUACUUAAACAAAAGACAGACAACAUCCUCGAUGACAGGCCCGAGAGCAAGCCAUCAAGUGAUAAAUAUCACUUCGAAUAUACAGAAGAAACUCCACGGAGAAUCAAAAAAAUAUCGACUGACGCAAUGUUACACAGCAAAGAAAAGACAAAGCAAAAAAGAUUUAUUGUUUAUGACAUGGAGUUGGGUGAAGAGUUCUACCUGCCCCAAAACAAAAAGGAGAGCAGACAGAUAGCACCCGAGCUCUCAGACUUGGUCAUCUACUGCCAGGCUGUCAAGUUCACAGGCCUUUCGACUUUAAAUGCAACAGGAUCAAGUAGAGGCAAAGUGAAACCCAACAGGAAGUCAAACAGAAUGAGCCCUGGGGAGUCAAUGACAUCAAUUAAGGCAUCUGGAAGAGCAACCUCUUUCGAAGGUUUAAGAAAGAGCUGUGAAGAGCCAUCGUCUCCUCCAUUUAAUCCAACCACCUCCCUCAGUGCUAUCAUCCGGACACCCAAGUGUUAUCACAUCUCAUCGGUGAAUGAGAACACUGCCAAACGGCUUUGCCGGCGUUAUUCCCAGGAAUUAAUCCAACACACAGUCUGCCAGCUGCUCCGAACAUAUCCUGCUGCUACUAGGAUUGACUCCUCCAAUCCGUCGCCUCUCAUGUUCUGGCUCCAUGGGAUACAGUUAGUUGCUCUCAAUUAUCAGACAGAUGAUCUCCCAAUACAUCUGAAUGCAGCCAUGUUUGAAGCGAAUGGAGGAUGUGGCUACGUCUUAAAGUCACCGGUCUUGUGGGAUAAAAACUGUCGAAUGCACAAUCAGUUCUCUCCACUGGAACGAAUAGAGAACAUGAGUCCAUCCCUAUAUUCUCUAACAAUCAUUUCUGGACAGUAUGUUUGUCCCAGCAACACAUCAGGGAGUCCAUGCAUUGAAAUUGACGUACUUGGUAUGCCACAGGACAGUUGUCACUUUCGCACCAAGCCCAUUCAUCGCAACACCCUGAACCCCAUGUGGAAUGAGCAGUUCUUCUUCCACAUUUACUUCGAAGACCUUGUUUUCCUACGUUUUGUGGUGGUGGAGAACAACAGCUCCACUGUAACAGCUCAAAGAGUGGUGCAGUUAAAAGCCCUUAAAAGAGGAUACAGACACCUACAACUAAGAAAUUCUCAUAAUGAAUCUCUGGAGAUAUCUAGUCUCUUCAUUUACAGCCGAAGGAUAGAAGAAAACAACACUGGAAACCUUCUAUCUUCAUCAGUGCUGUUUAACACCGAGGACCACAGAUCUGAAGGCAGUUACCACGUGACAGUUCAUGGAGUGCCGGGUCCUGAACCAUUCACUGUUUUUGCUGUCAACGAGAAGAUCACAGCCAGGCAGUUACUGCACAAAGCUGCGCAGGAGAAGAAGAAAGGCCUCUCUUUUGCUAAUGAACUGAAGAGGUUCACAAAAUCGAAUAAACAGAGCCGGACUUUUUCAAUCCCACUUCAGGCAAACCCUCCAGAAAGCACCCAGAGUAAAGACGAGAAAGCUACAUGUAAUGUGUCAUUUGCUGAGAUCACCGAGUAAAACCUUUGACGUUGUCGUAUGUGACUGCCCAGGUUGUUGUAAAAGUGACCUCCAUAGUUCUUCACUACAACUAUGUCAAAAUGAUGCACAGGGACUUUUAGUUAAUGUUGGGGAAAACCAGAAAAAUGUAACAUCACUCCUUCCUUCGUCUCCUGGUAUUUUCAGUUGUGUUUAAAAACUGGAAAUUGCAUAAAGUCCAGUCAUUGGAAUGAAAUACAUCAUUUGGUACAGGUGACAGAAGAUAAUGAGUUAGCAACAAAUUCCAAUCAAGCUUGUUUCGAUGUGUACGUGGUUUGAACAAGGAAGACGGCACAUCUGCAAGCAGCCAUCAAUACUGUUCAAAGAGACAAGCAAUGUCUUCAGUAGUACUGGGUAUAGAGAUAUGCAGGUAUAAUCCUAAGAACUUUACAAGUUACGAAUUGUAAAACAUUGUGCACUUUCCCAAUCACUUAUUUCCUUGAUUAUUUGAAGGAUUUGUAUGUUUGAAGGUACCUAUUUACUUUACAAUCCAGAAUCUUGCUAGAUGCCAACUUCAGUAGUAAUAUUAAGCUGAAUUGUCACACAAAGUUACUACUUUUUGAUGUUUACAAGAUAUUUAAAUUAGAACGAGAAUAAUUUCUGAUAGAAUGUGCUGAAUCCAUACAUUAAACCUAUGAAAAAAGUGUUCAUAAAGAUAUGAUGUAAUUUUACUGUAGUAGAAAAUCAUGUAAAUUUUGAGAUAUAUAAAAUACUGUCCAUUUGUAUUGAAAUGAUUAUAAUUAUUAGACUGAAUUAUUUAUUUAAGCAGACAUUGAACACUUUCCAGUUAAAGUUACUAUAUUCUCAUGUUUAAGUUCCAAGUGGCAUGCUUAUUUUGAUACUACAGAACACAACUUUUAAUUAUUUUUAUUUACAAGUGCCCACUUUCACGCACAUCUUAUAACUGUAUGUACGUAUGUGUACUUGAAUUUCUUGUGGAAAAUGAAGUCAAACAGGAAAGAAAUUUCCAUUAAGUAUUUGAGCAUUUUUCCUUAAUUUCUGAUGAGCAUUUUAAUUUUGUUGUUACGUUGUGUUAGGCCAAAAUUGUUUUUAAAAAACAACAUACCAUUGAACUGUGCAAAAUAUACAAGUGUUUUUGGCAGCUUCUGUGUGCCUAAGUUACUUAAUAUAGUGGCUAAGCAGCUGUAAUGUUUAAACGCUUUACUCAAUAAGUUAUGAUUUUAAAACACAGAUAUUUAAUGACAGUUCAAAUAGAGUUAUAGUAGUGACACAUCAAAACAUUGACCGCAGGACUCUCAAUGGCAUAUGUACAAAACACAUAACCUAUCCAAACUGCAGUAACAGGAACAACAAAUGCUGAUAGAAAGCCUUAAAGGCUCCUGAAACUUCCACUGCAGAGGUUACUUUCUCAUGUGCCUGACUGAGCUAUAACUUACCACCAACUCUACAGCUUGAACAACAAAAAUGAAAUUUUAUCAUUCAAGAAUAUGACAGCAACUUAUAAAACUAAUAACAAACACUAAAUGGCCUGCAUUAAGUAAAUUAAGUUUUUGAGAUGCUUAAGAGUAACUUGUGGAAACAGCCACUAGCUGUUACAAGAUUAUUUAAUUACUUGCUUCUUUAAAGGCACUUAACAUUUUUUGCAUUACUCCAUGUAUUACAGAUUAUAAGAACAUCUUAAAUAUAUAGUUUACUCCCUACAUUUUCUUGCUUACAAAAAAAUUAACGCGAAAACAAGGGAAGAGCUGAUGUUCCUGCUUUACGAAAUGUAAAAUUAAUAUUUCUGCUUGAGGUUACCUAAGAUUCAAUUAAAAAUUAGGUGGGUCAUUCUCAUCUACACAAUUAAAUAUUGAUUAGAUGAGUUUUAGUUGAAACUUUAAAUGUACCCACAUAGUUGUCAGAUGAUGUCAUAGUCACCACAUGAAAGUUGUUUGCACCAUUUUAGUAGCAGAGGUGAUAUAACUUGCCCAUCUAGCAUGCUUUCUUAACUGCUACCAGACAGAAAAAUUGGUUUCUUGGAAGAUAAUGUAUUUUAUUAUUAAAAUGUUGUGCAAAGUGACAAUUGACAAACAAAAGCAUGAGUUGCUGCAGCCCCUUUAGUUCUAAUUUUGCAUAGCCUCUCACAAAUGUCAGCAGUUAUUUCUUUCUUUAUUUAUUUCCCUUUUUUAUUGUGCUGAAAUUUCACUGUGUAAGAGUUACCACAAUCAUAUAAGAUUUCUAUUAAUAGAUUACCUCUUCUUGAAUAAUGAACAGUGUCAUUGAAUGCAUGUUCUGUAUUGAUAUUGAACAGUGGAAAUUCACUUUGUUUCAUUUGACCAGCACAUGUUCUCUGGCUAGAGCAUUUGUUUUUUGUUAUUCCUAACUAAUCUCUGCUCAGUAUGAACAGAAGCUUUGUGUCCCGAUGCAUUUCAAUUAGUUUGCCCUGACAUCAGUGUUUCUUUUUACACAAGUUUUGCUUUUCAUUUUUUUUUUCCUCGAGUCUAUUGUUGUUUUAAACGUACCUUUUCAUAAGGUCAGUGAGGGCCAGUUGAAACAGUUUUCAAUGGUACACUCUUGCCACUUGUACUUGUGAACAUACAUCUAAUGGAGGCUGCAUUGACAAGGUUUAUGCCAUAAAAUGAUUGCAGGCUCAUUCUGCAUGAUAUCACAGUACAUUCACUGGGCAUUUACUUAAACAAAGGCUGGUAUUUAUGGUCUUAAAUUUGUAAAUACUACAGUUGAACUGUUUAAUGCAUUUUCCUUGCACCUAUUUAUCAAAUUUAACUAUUGGGUAAAUACUAAAGUAAAUUACUAUUAGCAAUUGUGUGUGUGUGUAACCCACAAUUAUAUUAAUUUUUACUGUACUUAGUUCUAUCGAUAGGCAAAGGAGAUGUCAAGAUUUCUGAAGGUAUUGGUAUUCUGAGAACUUCAACAGUGCAAUGUUAUGUUUUUAAAGGUUGCAAAAUUGUGCCAAAUGUCCAUUUUUUAUACAAAUCAUGUUUUCAGAUUGUAUAUGAAUAUGUGUUGCGAAUUAAAUGUUUAAUGUAUUUAUAUCUGUAACUGACUUGGACAAUUAGAGUAUUAAUGUUGAGUUGAUCAGAAUAAAUAUCAAGUCUGUACCAACAGACAAGUAUCUGAAAUGUAUCAGCAUAUCAAAAAUGAUUUCUCACAAACAUUUUUAGUUUGUUUUUAUCUUUUUUCAUAAGAUUGCCACCAGCAUUUCAACCAUUCAGGAUAAACCACAAAAUAUGUAAUGUUUUCUGAUGUAAAUGUGCGCUGCUACUGUGCAAUGUUGGUUUCUGAAAUGAUUGAAAAUAUACCAAGUUACUG